AUGCCUAUUAAGGAAGAUCCUAUCGACCGACACAUUAGAGAUGUGGCAGACCUACUUGCGAAGCACUCGACAGGUCCGAUGAUGGCCGAUCUGAUACACAAGCUCGACGGACUAGACAAGGACGCCACGAGGGUCGAGGAAAAGCAACUCGACGACCUCCUGAUGCACCUAUACCGAAAGGAGGGCAGAGAACCACCUUGCUUCAUACAUGACUGUAUUCAGGCUGCUCAAACAGUCGUGGGUCUUGAGCGCUGUAGUGCCCUCCGACCCUGGCAGCUUCGCAACUUUGUCACAUUCAUAACCCAUCAGCUUCAGAUCGCCAACGGACAGCUUCGAGAUGAACUUACAAAAGCUGGCUGGGAUCAGGACGAAAGCAGUAAUCGAGACAUCAUCGUCCCCGGCAACAUUGUCUGGGCCUUCGUUCUCGAGCCGAUCUUGAAUGACUCGGACACAAACACGACUGGCGUCCGCAUCUCGACCCCAGUUGGCAUCUUCUACCUCAAGCACUACUUGGUUAUUGUACUACAAAAAGGCGCAAGAGAGUUCUCGUUCAUCAAGUUAACAAGUGGUGGCGGUAAUGCAGGCUUGAAGUGGACAACCAUUGACCGCAUCGUCCAGAAAAAGAAGAUCAACAAGCAUGAUCCAGCGAUGGAACAUUUCCGGACCUAUCUUGCACACGAGACUCAGCUCCACCGAGAUGAAUGUGAACCAUACUCGCCCAUAGAGAUCACUGCCAACGAUAAGACCAUUACCUGGAAGGCAAGCUCAGUCGGCUACACAAUGCCCAAAUCACAGUCAUUCGCAGGCCUCUAUGCGUAG